UUAUAGGGCAUUGCGUGACCCUUAUUCGUGUCACGGAGCUUACGUAAUUAGUGCUUUGCGUAGCUGAGGGGUCUAGGCGGUUCUCACUUAAUUUUUGCGACCACCAUGGGUCACAAAGAGAGCGACAAUGAUUCGGCUGCAACUGUAGAUAAAGAGGACACGCUAGAGAAGAACAGUUUAGUAAGGAUAGUCGUACUUGUAAAUUCGUUCUUGUUCUCGUCAUGUUUUUUCAUGGGUAAAUCUGUUUUCCCGGUAAGUAUCUGUGUGAACGUUUGCAAAUGUUACUUUAGCUAGGACCUUUGAUCAUCUGAGAAAGCCGAUUCUCUUUUACACCUCUUCCCAAUCAAGCGAAGAGAAAUGCUUCGUGUUACAAAAACCAGAGAACGACCGCGCGCGCUUCAUCGGUUGUGGUUAGUUAACUUGCGCCGGCAUAAUUUUGGGCAUAAUGACAUAGUUGAAGCAUCGAAAAUAAUGCCGGCUUUAUGACGAAACUUCUUUAAAAAUUCCCUCUAUGUUACAGUUCAACAAGAGAUAAAUUCUGAAGCCUAAGUACUGUCAACAGUUAGCCAGCUUUUCAUGCUGGCACUUUAGGAAUUUGAUCCAGUAAAUGCUGUGUCCUGAAGCCUUUUCUCUUAGCAGUUGUAGGUAUGAGGGAGGGGGGGUGUGAGGGAGGGGGGAGGGUAUGAGGGGGAGGAUGCAGGGCCUCUGAGAGUCAUUGGGAGCAAAUGUAUUCAGGGGUGACAUUCAGAAGCAUAAUGCUCAAAUUUUUUAGCAUAAUUUAUCAGACUCUUGUUGUGGCUGUUCUGAGGCACUUGGCUUUUAGGCAGCAUAAUAAACCCUUUCAUUUUACAUUUUACCGCACACAAUCAACCAUCUGUGAAAGCCAGAUUUUUCAGGUUAAUUAAUAUUUCCAGGCUGUAGCUACAUCCCUUCAGUGCUUAUCAAAUAACAUUUUCAUUUUUUUAGUACAUGGCUAGACGGCUUGGAGCAGAUGUAGUUACCCUGGGUUACCUGAACACACUGUUCUCCUUUGUCCUUCUGUGCGGUGGACCUCUUUAUGGGAGGUUUGGUGAUGUGUUUGGCUCCCGUGCUGCUCUGAUGCUCUCUUUUUCUGCAGCUGUUAUUGGCUUUGGUAUUCAAAGCCUGGCAAAUUCAGUACCAAUGUUAUUUUUGUCCCAAAUUCCAUUGGGUUUCAUGCACACAUUUCAGGGUUAGGAAGUUUUCUUUCCUUAACUUUUACUUUCAUAUUUCUUUAGAAAGCAGCUCAGAUGGGCUUAACCCUUUAACUCCCAAAAAUGAUUAACAUGUAACUUCUCCCUAAAGUAUCUGCACAUUAUCUGACAAAAAGGUAAAGAGAAUAUACUCAAAUUUAUCAGGUACGAGAUAUAGCUGCAAACACUAAUCACUUGUAUUCAAACUUUACUAGAACAAACUUCUGUUCAUCGAAAAUUUAACAAACUUGACAUGACACAUUGUUGAACGCGCGAAAUAGCAUAAAAUAACUUACAAUGUAUGAGUGAAAGUACUGGAAAACGACAAAGCAAAAUGAAUAAGGACACUUACAAGAUGAAUGUGAUCAAACCAAAGGACGAAAAAAUGAAACCCAAAGCAUGAUAUGUUCUGAUAUGUUCCGCAAACUAGACAACUGACCAAAUAAAUUAUGUGCGAACAGAAUAUAUACAAUAUACAAAUAAAUAUAACAAGUAUAAAACUGAUAACUGACAAAGGACACUAAUGAAGACAAGGAACUAAACACCUAACACAAAACUAUGAAACAACAACAACAACAACAACAACAAAAUAAUAACACAAAUUUUUGCGCCUACACAAGAUAUUAUCUUGAUUGAACACCAAAAAAGAACUGUUCUUUGGGAGCUGAUUAUUAAAAAAGAAAGCUGUCAAAGUUGUCAUAGUAACCACUAGGGACCUUCCACUAUACUUGGAAAAUUUCUGCAAAAAAUGACAAGAAUCAUAUCCAUAGCCUGCCUAUAUUAGCUUAGCCAAACUGUAGGUCCAUGCUAGUUAUGGUUGUUCAAAGCUUAAAAUGUAGCUAAAUUAUGUAUUACUAAGUGUUAUUAUGCUGUGGAGGGAACUUCACUUUCGGAAUUACUUAUGUUUAAAAUGAGUGUUAAGAAUUGUACAUCUAAGGAGUAAAAAUACAUGUACCUAGACCACCCCAAAAAAAUAAAGGGGUAAGUUUCUAAAGAAACUGUGGUGCUGUGUCGGUGGGUGAGAGUAUAGCAGGUAAUUUUGUGUUAACAGCUGAGUUGAAAACGUAAAUUGGCCACCGUAAAGGGUAAAAAAGCUGAUGUUUCGAGCGUGAGCCCUUCAUCAGCUUUUUUACCCUUUAUGGUGGCCAAUUUGUUUUCAACUCAGUUGUUAACACCCCCAAAAAAAGACAGAUUCUGGUAACUCACAGGGUUGUUCAAAACAUUUUUUCAACUCACCUCUAAUCAACUCUAUACAAGGAUACUACCUUUACACCUCCCCUCAUGAUCCUUCCUAUCUACCGGUGGGUUUGUCACUGAUUAUAAAAUUUUAUCUUUGUAGUAGAGCAUGUGGGGAUGAUGUUUUUUAUUCUUUGCUCUCAGGAAUUACUUCACUGAUCCCUCGAUCAAUACUAACUACCUUUCAGGUCUACAGAUGGUGAUGACUGACACAUCAGAUAAAGCAGGUAAAAAAAAUUUUGUGAUAAUUUUUCUUGACUCUGGCCUCAAAAAACCUUAACUGUGAAGUAGUGACUGAGAAUAUUUAAAAUUUUUUUUUCAUUUAAUCCCUUAUUUACCUCCAAGGUGAUAAUUCCUAAAUCAGUUUAACUUUCCUUUUCAAUAAUUCAAAAAUAGGUCUGCAAUGUGUGCUAAAAACUGACUGAAAAUUUGGAUUUUGCAGGUAGAGCUGCUGCUUUGGGUAAACUUGGUCUAGCUUUCUCUCUUGGAAUCAUGGCUGGUCCACUCAUUGGUGGCUUUGUCACAGAGAAGUUUGGUGACAAUACAACUGCUUUUUUAGCUUCAAUAUUAUCACUGGUAUCUGUUUUAACAAUACAGAUGUUUUUACCCAAACACACAAAGUCACUGAACAAGCUAGAUGCUGCAGGUGAGUGAGGUUACAAAGUUUUAGUAUAAUUGGUGCAGUUAUUAUAGAGAUGCAUGCACUCUGAUUGGUCAAGGAUGGCAUUGUAUCUCACCAUAAUUGCCUUGCAUGAGGUGAUUAUAGCAAGGAUGCUCGACUUCAAAACAGCUGCCUUGUUUUGCACCUCAUACUCAGUGAAUAUUGUUGAAAAAUCCCCUUGAUUUGUCACAGGGAUUAUUUAAUUAUACUUUCUAGGCCUUCAUGGAACCAUUAUUAACUGUCUGAAAACUUAUUCAAUGCAUGUCCAAUGUUUAACCUCUUAUUCCCCUCCAUAGAUUCUCAAAAGCCAAGACAAAUCUAUUCUUACAAAAACGUAUGACUUGUUAAGUAUACCACAAGUGUUGUACAUGUUGGUGGCACAAGCAGCUUCUUUAGCACCAGCAAUAUUGAUCCAGGCCUUAGGUCCAGUUAUAAACAUGGAGUACUUCAAAAUUGGACCAAAGGAAAAUGGUCUGUUUCUUGCUGGGAUUGGUGCAGCCUCUGCUGUAUGUAUUGUAUUACUAAUAAUUAUGUAAUAAUAAUUAAUGUAAUAUCAUAAUUAUUAUUAUAUUGUAAUAAUAAUAUUUUAUUGUAUUACCAAUAACUCAAAAUCAUCUUCGUCAUUAUCAUUAUUACUAUUUUCAUCAUCAUCAUCAUCAUCAUCAUCAUCAUCAUCAAUGUGAUUCUUAUUAUCUUAAAUUUUUUUGCCAUUAUCCUGAAUUUUCAAUAAUACUCAGAUUGAGAUCAGAUUCCCCCACAGGAAAGAAAAACCCUCUAAAAUGUGUCUUGUUAAUUUGUUGAUUUUUCAGAGGUUAUUUUAGAACACUGUAGCAGAGGCAUCCAAAUAGUAUCUAUUUAACUGAGGUAAAUGGGUUUGAAUUUUGUUUUCAAUGUCUUGAAGAUUUUUUUUUCAAAGGCUUUUUUUGUUGUUUUUCCAACACUGUAGAUCACCUGUGAGGAUAUACUCCCAUUAUCCAAGUUGAAUCUUAUUUAACUGAUUGUAAAUUGGGAUUCUUCCAACCCUCCACCAUAGAUAGAUGCUAAUUAUCUCAGUCAUUGUAAAAUUGUAUGUAUUGUUUAUAAUUUUUUUUUUCAUUUGGGUUUAGAUGGUUCAAGGUUUUGGAAUUGGUAUGCUCUUAAAAAGGUUUAGUGAAUUUUCCCUUCUAAUUCUGGCUGUUCUUAUUUCUGGGUGUGCCUCUGUUUUGAUGGUAGGUUCCCUUAGAUAUACAUUCCUUUAAUCAUUGUUUUUUUUUACCAUGACAUAAAUGUUUAGACAAGUAUAUGUUACUUCAGAGAAUUUUGAUAGUACCUGGUAAAACAUAUCACUAAGUUGUGCCUAUAAAAGCUGUCAAAAUACAGACAAGUAAAAUAAAAAUUAGUAAAAAUACUAACUUUUUAUUAACAGAGUGUGAGGGCCACACUAGGGAAUAUUGGCCUGAGAUAGUCACAGUACUAUGACAAAAAAGACACAGGGCCAAUAUUCCUAAGUGUACCUUGGGCAAGUAAGAUUUGUAAAAAGUUAAUUAUGUGGCACUCAGAUCAAACUUGUUUAUUUUGAAUUUGCCAACUUUGGUGACCAAAAAUACACAACGUAUGACCAUUUCCAUAGAAACCGUCUGUAUUGCAAAAUUCUGAUUGAGUAGAAUCCUAUCAAAAUGCUUGGAUUCACCUUGAUACUAUCUUGCCAUAUAAUAAAUAUAUCUUAUGAGACAAUUUUUUUUGAUGGGUCAAGUAUUGCUGAGUAUUUUUACAAAUUGUGCCUUUUUUUUGGAUGAGCCCAUAGGGCGAGUCAAAAUACAAACAACGUGUCGAAAUACUCAGUGAUACUGCACACCAAAACAUAUAAUAAGUUACUUAUUAUCCAACCAUUUUUUUUUUUUUUUUUUUGCCAAUUUUUUUGUUCAUUUCUCAUAAGGUGGGAGAAGCAAAGCAGAUAUAAAAGCAUAGCAUGCACAGCUGACUGGUUUAACCCUUUAACUCCCAGAUCAAAUUUGUAAUUCUCCUUACUGUCAACCAUACAAUUCUUAUUAUGUUAGUUCAGAGAAUUUAGUAUUGGAUCAACUAAUUAUCCCCAAAUUGACAUUUUUUCUUAUUUUCAUCACAUAACUGGUUGACAUUGUAUUGAUAUUGUAAGGAGAAAUUCUGAUUUGGUCACCCAUGGGAGUUAAAGGGUUAACAGGUUUUUUUUACAGUACAAAAUAACCAACUGUACAGAUAACUAUACAAUGCCACAUGAUAUUUUUACUUAAUCCUCUGGUUAUUUGUACUCUACUAAGUGCAGUUAGCUAAUAAAAACCAAUACUUUCUCUCUUUUUAUUGCAGUAUUUUGCCACACAUACAUUUUCGUACAUUGUUUCACAAGUGAUCUUGGUAAUAGGAUUCUCCAUAGCACGAACAAUGACAACUUCCAUGGCAACCAAAGCUGUCAGCAGACACGACACUGGGCUACUCUUAGGACUUUGUGCAACAUCUGAAGCACUCAUGAGAACAUUAGCCCCUGGAAUUGGAACUUUUAUGUUGUUACAUUAUGGCUGGGCAUCACUUGGUGCGCUGGGAAGUGCUAUUGAGUUUGGCAUGGCUAUUAUACUACUGGCCAAGAAACAAAUUUAAGGCCUGAAUCAAGUAAACAUGAAAAGACAAGCUUUUUAAACAGAACCAUCCUCCCUAAAGGAUAAUUUUGAUUAUUAACCCUUAAACUCCCAUGUGUGACCAAGACAGAAUUUCUCCUUAUAAUACCAAUACCAUGUCAAGUAGACAAGUGAUGAGAAUUAUAUAGAGGGUCAACUUUGUUCCCAAGGUCUCUCUUCCUAGGGAGGGGAAGAGGAGACACCCAAGGGAACAA